UUUCGGUCCCUUCACUCCCAUCGUCCUCCCUCCCUUCUUCCCCUCCCUACAAAAUCCCCAACUGUCCCAAAAGGAAAAGCAUGGGAUAAGAAGAAAAAUAAAAAGAUAAAGAUAAAAAAUGUGGAUGUACACGACCAUCGUCCUCCUCGCCUUCUUUUUCCCCCCGACCCUGUUCCUGCGCAACCACGCGCGCUACGACGCCGAGACGGGCCGCUUCCACUCGCUGGAUUACCACCCGCACCCCCCGGGCAGGCGGAAGAAGAUGGUGGACUCGAGGUGUGCUGCUGCUACUGGUAUUGAUAGUGCAGGCGGAAAGGGUAGCUCUGCUGCGAGUACUAACACUACAACCAGGCAGGGGACUCGAAACCCGGCGACCAUAAAGGGUAGAUCGCGGAAGAAGGAAGACGACGCAGCGGAAAAGAGCAAAGUCCUACAAGCCGCGAGGGCGGAGGUCGGGCUGGAGAAGCGGGCCAAGCGCGUGUGCGAGAUGGCGUACGAAGGGGGCGAGGGCGAGGAGCGCUGGAUCGAGGGGAGGAGGGUCGGUACGGAUCUAUUGUUUGGGUGAACGGGGAUAAGAGUAGAUGGACACUGAAGAGCGAGGGCUGAUGCAAAUGGAGAGCGUCAGGAAGAAUUGACUAGCGUGAGAGCAUCGAGUAUGGACAUCCGUCAGAGUUCGAAAUGAUCAAAAGGAAAGAUUUUUCAUUACUCGUCACCGAGAUACGGAUACCUCGUUACCGUCGUGGUUAUAAUCAUCAUGGUCGUGAUACCCCCCUCGAAACCAUCAAGAGUCGUUCCGCCAAACCAGGAAAAGUCAAAAUGAAAGGACUGGCAGCAUGAAGCAAGGAAGAAUGGUAUAAGAGACACAGCCGCAAAGGAAGAAAAGAGUCCCUAUAACAAAAAAAAACAGUGGCUCCCCGCAAACCAAAGAAACCCUCCCUCUAGUACCGCAUCCCCGGCGCACCCAUGGGCGGCGGCGGCACUCCCGCUCCAUACGGAUUCCCGUCCGGAUAGUACAUGCCCGU